AGAGCCUUGAAGCUAAGAAGAUCAAAGUGUAUUCAGAAAAAAAAGAAUGAGUGAUGACAAAAAUGUUUUGUUGGAGGAAGCCUGUUACAGGAUCACUGUUACCGACCAAGAAAAUGAUUAUGAACAACCUCAAGCCUUUAAUAACGACACCAAUCUAGAAAUAAUUUCUGAAGAUGAAUCACAUCCAUAUAAAUUUCUGCAAAAUUGCAGUUCUGCUGCAUUGUGGAUUUGCGUUCUUUAUAACUUCUCCAUGAUUUCGUUAAUAGUAUUAGUAUGCAUUUACAAACGCUUGAAUUAGAAAUGGGAACAAGAAAAAUAUUUUUAAAAAGUGUAACAAUAAAAAAAAUACUUAAGAUAA